AUGGAGGAAGGGCAAGAACUAGAAGACAGCGAUAAAACAAGCAGGGACACAUGGUCGAAGAAGUCGGACUUCAUUAUGUCAUGUGUGGGAUGCGCAGUAGGACUCGGCAACAUUUGGAGAUUUCCCUAUCUUUGCUACAAAAAUGGAGGAGGUGCCUUCCUCAUACCGUAUUUGACGUUCCUCGUGCUUGGAGGCGUGCCGUUGUUCAUGCUGGAAAUAGGACUUGGCCAGUAUAUGAGUCUGUCUGGUCUGAGGGGCUGGAAUAUCUGUCCACUGUUUCAAGGAAUAGGAAUAUCCAACGUCCUUACCUGUUUCUUCAUGAAUAUUUACUACAUAUUGGUGCUCGCCUGGGCCGCAUACUAUUUGGUGUUGAGUAUGAGGGCAGUCCUACCAUGGUCAAACUGCAACAAUACGUGGAACACACCGAGGUCUGUAACUGGCUUAUCGUAUACAUUCUUCAGUCAAAUUGAUAAUCUCACUCUGCUGAAGUCAAAUAUUACCUUCGGAAGAUCGGUGGAUUCUUCUGUGGAAUUUUGGGAGCGUAGAGUGUUACAGCGAACGUCGGGCGUUUCUGAGGGUGGCGGUAUUAUCUGGGAACUGGCAUUGUCCCUAUUGGUGAUGUGGAUGAUUGUUUACUUCUGUUUGUGGAAAGGCGUCAAAUGGACAGGCAAGAUUGUGUAUUUCACUGCCACAUUCCCAUACGUUAUACUUGGAACACUGUUGAUUCGAGGGAUCACACUAGAUGGCGCCGUCGACGGUAUCAUAUACUACCUGAAACCGGACAUAUCAAGACUUGGGGACGUUCAGGUCUGGAUGGACGGAGGGACUCAGAUAUUUUUCUCCUAUGCUGUUGCUAUUGGUAUAAUGAUAACUCUUGGAAGUUACAACAAAUUUACAAAUAAUUUUUACAGAGACUGUAUAAUAAUAUCGACGAUUAACAGCGGAACCAGCGUGGUCGGGGGAGUUGCUGUCUUCUCCGUGCUAGGGUUCAUGGCUAAGCAACAAAACCUCCCAAUAGCAGACGUGGCUGAUGCUGGUCCCGGCUUGGCUUUUAUCACGUAUCCUAAGGCCAUGACACAGAUGCCAAUUUCUCCGAUGUGGGCUGUCCUUUUCUUUUUUAUGAUAAUUCUACUGGGACUGGACAGCCAAUUCGUUGGAGUUGAAGCCGUCAUUACACCAAUUGUGGAUCUCUUCCCAAGAUAUCUACAGCAGAAAAAGCGUCGGAUGGUGUUCGUGGCCGCCUAUUGUCUCGUGUCUUAUUUUGUAGGGUACUCCAUGGUCUCUAGGGGUGGAAUAUACAUCUUCCAGUUGUUUGACUACUACUCCGCUAGCGGUCUCAUUUUAUUGUGGACAUCGUUCUGGGAAACUAUCGCAGUAGCAUGGAUAUUCGGAGCUGACAAAUUUUAUGAUGCCAUUGAUAUGAUGAUUGGUAAGAGAAUUAACCCGUAUUUGAAGAUCUGCUGGAAAUACACAACACCCGCCGUAUCUAUGGGUCUAUUUCUGGCUCAGCUGAUCCGAUUCCGACCGCUUACCUACAACAAAACGUACGAGUACCCGGCCUGGGCCCAGGCAUUUGGUAUCAUGCUAGCAUUGUCCUCCAUGAUGUGUGUCCCAGUGUAUGGCCUCGUCAGUUUCUUAAAGACAGACGGAUCUCUAGUACAGAGAUGGAGAAAAGUAACCACACCGAUACUCCAGAAACAUCAAAUUCACCCUAGCUGGGGAUUAACACAACAUAACCAUCAUUACCCCCAGCUAAACGGAUUUAAGCAGGCAUCAUAA